AGCAGCUAUGGCGUUUCCUGACUGGAUGUUAUCAUUGGCGGCCACUGCAUCUUUUUUCUGUUUCUUUUGCUUGUGUAUUAGAUACAGGCAGACCACACAAGUGUUCUGGAGCAAGUUGUUGAGGAAGAUAAUGGCCCGGACAGAGAAGCCAUUGUUCCGAAUCGCAUACACACUUUACACAAGAACCAGACUUGGAUACAUGUACUACAGGAGACAAAUGAAAAAAGCCAGAGAAAACCAUCCAUCUGGACAUUCCACAUGUUAUCCCAUGGAGUUCAAUGGUAUUAAAAUAAUUCCCAUCUCGGUGCUGUCUGACAACUACAGCUACCUUAUAACUGACACAGCCUCCAGUGUUGCUGUUGUUGUAGACCCUGCAGACCCUCAAAAGGUUCAGACAGUCCUUGAAGACGAGGGAGUCAUUUUAGAAGCUGUUUUAUGCACGCACAAGCACUGGGACCACAGUGGAGGCAACAAAGGGCUGAAAAAAAUUCACAGCUCAUGUCGAGUGUAUGGAAACGCAGCUGAUAAUAUUCCUGGUCUCACUCACCCCCUCUCACACAAAGACUCUGUCAUAGUUGGCCGAUUACACUUUAAGGCCCUUUUCACUCCUGGACACACAGUGGGUCACAUGAUCUACCUCCUGGAUGGCCAAGCAGUUGGUGCCCCCUCCAGCCUGUUCUCUGGUGACCUGGUGUUCCUCUCAGGAUGUGGGAGGAUGUUUGAGGGGAGUGCCACAACAAUGCUCUCUUCUCUGGACACAGUUGGCUCCUUAAGUGACGAUACUCUAUUAUGGCCUGGUCAUGAGUAUGCAGAGGACAACCUGCUGUUUGCCGCUGAGGUCGAGCCCCACAACGCUGCCAGGGAAAACAAAUAUCAGUGGGUUCUGCAGCAGCGAGGCCAGAAGCUCUGCACGUGUCCCUCAACGAUCGGGGACGAGAAGCAGUACAACCCAUUCCUGCGCAGCCACUCUGCCGAGCUCCAUCAGGGCCUGGGUGUCCAGCAGUUCCACGAUGAGGACUGGACCCAGUUCCGGGCGCGGGUUCUGGAGGAGCUACGGAAAUGUAAAGACCUUUACAACAGAAGGUAGUUGUUCAGAGGACUGCAAUAAACUGCAGAGAUCAGAAGACAUUUCUCCUGCACUGAUCUUCAGCUGAACAUCAGGGUUAUUUCAUGUGGUUUACUGGUUGCUACAACAUUUUUACUUCUGGUUUGUGAACCAUUAGAGUAUAAAUGGACCACUCUGUGUGUUUUAUCCACCUCCUUUAGUUGAAGAUUUUAGGAAAUGGCCCAUUUUCAGAGCUGGUUAAACAUUUACAGUGCUGCUGAACAAGAGUUCAUUUUACCCUGAUAGUUUUUUUUUUUUUUUUAAUGGUCCAAGUUAGAAUUUUUGAGGUUGUAUUUUUCAGUUAUAACUAAUAAAUAGUAAGGCCUCUUGGGUACUUUUUGCUUGUGUAAAAAAAAACAAAUACAUUUUUUUUUUGGGAA